AACUACACUUCCCACAACCCCUUGCGCGCCCUGCUUGCUGCGGUUGCUCAUGGCCAAUCGGGAGAGGCAGCUGUGGCGGGGGCCGAGGAGGGACAUUUUAAAAGGGCCGGGGAUUGCGGGCGUCAGUGGCCAUGGCGGAUACAGCGACUACAGCAUCAGCGGCGGCAGCUAGUGCCGCUAAUGCUUCGACCGAUGCACCGCCUUUCCAACUGGGUAAACCCCGCUUCCAGCAGACAUCCUUCUACGGCCGCUUCAGGCACUUCUUGGAUAUCAUCGACCCUCGCACGCUCUUUGUCACUGAGAGACGUCUCAGAGAAGCUGUGCAGCUACUGGAGGACUACAAGCAUGGGACCCUGCGGCCAGGGGUCACCAAUGAACAGCUCUGGAGUGCACAGAAAAUCAAGCAGGCUAUUCUGCACCCGGACACCAAUGAGAAGAUCUUCAUGCCUUUUAGAAUGUCAGGUUACAUUCCUUUCGGGACGCCAAUUGUGGUGGGUCUUCUCUUACCCAACCAAACACUGGCAUCCACUGUCUUCUGGCAGUGGUUGAACCAGAGCCACAAUGCUUGUGUCAACUAUGCAAACCGCAAUGCUACCAAGCCCUCACCAGCAUCCAAGUUCAUCCAGGGCUACCUGGGAGCUGUCAUCAGCGCUGUCUCCAUUGCUGUGGGCCUUAAUGUCCUGGUUCAGAAAGCCAACAAGUUCACCCCAGCCACCCGCCUUCUUGUGCAGAGAUUUGUACCAUUCCCUGCUGUAGCCAGUGCCAAUAUCUGCAAUGUGGUCCUGAUGCGGUACGGGGAACUGGAGGAAGGCAUCGAUGUCCUGGACGCCGACGGCAACCUCGUGGGCUCCUCCAAGAUUGCAGCCAGACACGCCCUGCUUGAGACGGCGCUGACACGAGUGGUCCUGCCCAUGCCCAUCCUGGUGCUGCCCCCGAUCGUCAUGUCCAUGCUGGAGAAGACGGCUCUCCUGCAGGCGCGCCCCCGGCUGCUUCUACCUGUGCAAAGCCUCGUGUGCCUGGCAGCCUUCGGGCUGGCCCUGCCACUGGCCAUCAGCCUCUUCCCACAGAUGUCAGAGAUCGAAACCUCCCAGUUAGAGCCUGAGAUCGCCCGGGCUACAAGCAGCCGGACGGUGGUGUAUAACAAGGGGCUGUGAGCGGUGGCCGGCUGGCCUGGGGACAGAGCUUUGUCCAGGCCAGGGAAUUUGGGGGCAGGGAAGGAGUCUGGUGGGCUGCACCUGCAGGUGGACCCCACAGUCCUGGGCCACCUGGGGGAACACUCAACCCACUGUGGUAGGGAGACUAAUCCAUUCACAUUUUAACUUAGGGGAGAGGAAUUCUGACACAUUUCCUAUACAAAAGAAUCAAGUGCAUUUCUGGGCCUUAUGUGGGGUUGUGGAAACUCCACUCAGCACAAUUAUGUAUGAAACUGGAAAACUGCAGAAUGCCCAUGGGGUAAAAUUAGGAUCCUUUUAUACAUUGGUUUCUUUUUUCUUUUUCUUUCUUUUUUUUUUUAAUCAGAAUUAAGUCUGAGCCUUGGUUGCAGGUGACCAGAAGUGGCAGGUGGACAAAUGAUGGGAGCCUAGGAACCGGGUUGGUUUGGUAGUUGGGCUGGUAGAUUUAGGAUAUCAGAGUGGCCAGGCCAGAUGACUCCUCAGGCUGGAGAGGGGGAAGAAGGGGAGCUGGUUUGUACCCCACAGGAUGGGAACUAGCCAUGUUGAAGGUCCUCAGGAAUUAGACCCAGGGAGUCAAGGAGCACUGGAGAUUCUUUGGGCAGCAGGCUCUGAAAGUGGCCAGCUCUUUUUCAUUUUCCAGCUGCAGAACCAAUCCCUCUGCCAAAAAGCCAGUGAUGGUGGGGCUAGGGUCCCCCUGAUGGAGCUCUCACUGAUUCCAGUCCCCCGAGGGGACCCCAGCUCCAGGCAGAAAGCCCAAGGAAGGAAUGAUGCUUCCAGUGCAGGAACCACGCACCUGCACCGGCCUCUACAGGAGGGUCCCCUUUCAGGCACAUGCUGGAGGCUGGGUGCUGGGGCUGAGGAUGGGCUGGAGCUGGUCCAGCUGCUGUCCAGGGAAUCUCCAGCCAUUGACGCUGCCUGUCACAUUCCACCACUUCCUGAGUAGGAGGGUCUCGUGCCUGAGAGUGCCAAGGCCAGAUCCCUGGGAGCCAUCUAAGAGACAGCAUCAACCCAGGAAUGGUGGGCCCCAGCUCUGGCACCAAUGGGCCGUGUGACUCUGGGCAAUUCACUCCCUUCCCUUGGCCUCCCCUCCUUGCCCAGAAGCAAAAGACUGGACCAAGGGGUGCCCUUCAUUCUUCCAGCUUGUCUUUUCCUGUCCUGCUCAGGUAAUGGUCAUCCUGAGCACAUGCACAGUAUGGACACUGGACUGGGAAAGGGGGAGGCCCCUUGGAAUGGCCUCAGAAAUCGGACCUUGCCUUUCUGUGUGUGAUCCCACAUCUUGGAAGCACUUGACCUUUGCCAAAAACUUGGCAGUUCUGGAGGAGGAGAGAGUAUGGAUGGUUGGGUCUGUGUGGGGGGCCACACUUGCAUGCCACUCCUCAGCUCUGCAGCCUGAGGCCCCUGGCUGCUAGCUCCCCUCUCCUUCUCCUUUGCAGGCCAAGGACAAGGAGAGAGUUCUACAGAGGGAAGCAGGACCUGGGUGGGGGCUAAGCAAGGUGACUCCUUGUCUGAAAGACCCAAAGGAAGGGGAAACACCAGCUUCAGUGUGCCCCCCCACCCCCGACCCCCUCAAGGAUGGAAGCUGCCAAUGUGCAGCUUUUGGGCCUCCAUCCCCUGGUGACUCCACCUUGGUGGGGAUCUGGGCUGGAGCCUCUGCAAAACUUCAAGAGCGUGGCCGUAGAUGGCUUCUCAGCAACUUAGGGCAGGUGUCUGAUGAAGGGGGUCUCUCAUGGGCAUUGACAGCAUGUUCCCACCCAGAAGCCAUGGUGCCUUUGCCCCCCAGCCAGCCAGCCCCUGGUGACCAGCAGCUGGCUCUGCAGGAUGUUGUCUGAGCGCCCACCACUCUCCUGAGGAGCAUCCCACCCGUCUGCUCUUCAGGAUAGGAGGAAGACAUGGGCAAGCAGGGAGGACAGAACAGCAUGGGGGGGGGGGGCAUGGCUGAGGAUGGGCUGGAGGGGGAAAUAUUUUUGAGCCAAUCCUGUUAUAAUGUGAGCAUGCCAAUGACUGCUGCGCUGUGCUGGCUUCUAGGCAUGGACGGGGCAGGGCGUGUUUGAGUCCUCUUUUGAAGAGCUCAUUGCAAGCUCAGCCUGCCCCCACUUGUCAUAGGGUCUUGUUCUCGUGCACUUUAUCUUGGGACCAAAACUGCCUCCCAAGCCAUAUUCCCUCUAGAGGCCAGAGAUGAAGCCUUUCCAGUUCCCCUGUGCUGGUUGCCCCUGCCCAACCUCACCCUGCCCUGUUCCUGUGGCCUCGGCCUCUCAUAACUUACAUGCCUUUUACCUGGAUGAUUUGCAUCAAGCUCUCAAAUGCAAUUUCAUAUGAGCUAAGGAAGAUGUUCCCAUAGGGGUGCAGUGGUAAAGGAUCCUCACAGCUCAAGGUGAUGGGGACAGAAGGACAGUGGGCCAUGCUGCUAAGCCCUAGUCUGGCUUCAAAAAAA